UUUAAACCGUGCGGACGUGUUUUUUGUGCUCCGCUAUUAGGCUUGUAUUCUCUUGUGUUUCUUAUGAUUUUGUGAAAGGAUUUUCAUAGAUUCUCUGUGGGUGUCUUACAGUGGGUGAGUUUGUGAAAAAUUAUAAUUUGAAAAAAGAAAAUUAUAUGAAAUGGGAGAAAGGAGACGCCGUAAAAAGAGAAGAAAGGGGUCGACUGGGAACGUGAGUGAAACUCAUGUAAGUGUAAGCGAAGGUGAAGGUGAAAACUCUUCACUAAUGAACGCAUUGGAGUCGGCGAAUCGGAUAUUGUAUGGGACACCUAAUGAUGAUCAAAACACAUCUACGCCUAUUGCCACAAAACCCAGCGUUGAAGUGAACGACGAUAUUAGACAGCAAAUUUGUGAAAACACUAAAAUGUUGAAUAUGAUUUUGCAGAAGCUGCAUAUUUUAGAUGAGAUUCAAGCCAAACUAUUGCGAAUAGAUAGUGAUGUGACAAGCAUUAAACAACAGGUCAGUGAAGUCACGAAUAAAGCAAGUAAAUUAGAACAUUCGGUAACCUUUAUAUCGGAUACAAUUGAUGAUAUACAGAAGCACGGAGGUGUCAACGCAAUUAGAAACAAACUGUCUGUUGUGGAGGCUAAAACAACUGAUCUUGAAAAUUCUGCACAGAAUACUCAUAGUCGACUAUCAGAUAUCGAAAACCGUGAGGUUGACGUACAAGCAGUGAGGAAUGUUAUAUCAAAACUUGACUGUGAAAUGAAACGUCACUCGACUAUGAUUGAAAAAAAAACGCAAACAGAUGAACGCAUUACAGGUUUGCAAUAUCAUACAAUGAAAAUGAACUUGGUAUUCACAGGAGUAUGGGGUGAAUCAAGAGGCGAGAACACAGAGCAGAAAUUGCGUGCGUUCUUAAUGAACGAAUUGGACAUUGACUACCACAUAGAAUUUGUAAAUAUACACAGUUUUGGCAGAUUCCAGAGAGGAAAACCCAGACCAAUUGUCGCACGUUUCAUAUACCAGGCAGACAUUGACGCGGUGCUGGAAAAGGCCAACUGGCUGAGGGGGACACCAUAUAGAAUCCAUCGUCAGUUCCCGGCUGCAAUGGAUGAACGACGCAGGUCUCUGAUUCCCGUGAUGAAACAGUUUAUAGAAGAUGGUGCAAAUGUUAAACUUGUGCGCGAUCGUUUAAUCGUGAAUGGUCAAGUAUACGACCCAGACAGUUACGAUUGCGAGCCAACAGAACCUAUGAACUAUGCUCGAGCUGUGCAGAGUGGCGCAAAUUCCAGAGAAGAAUCUGAUCCGAUUCGAUAGGGAUGCGCGGCCGCAAAGCCCAGGACAAAUACGGAACAGUACGGAAGCGGCCAGGACUGUCCAUAUGGUUUAAAUAUUUUUUCUUGGAAUGUAAACAGGUCUAUUGUAAAUAAGCUAGAGGAUAAGAAUUUUGUUGAAGUUAUUCGAAAAUAUGAUAUUGUAUUUUUUUCUGAAUGUUGGAUUGAUAAAAAUCAUAAUUUUUCAGAUCAUAUUUUAAGUUCAGUAUUUGACAUAAAUUUAUUCCAUAGGAGUAAAGGAAAAGGUGGGGGCCUUAUCUUAUUGAUCAAAAAGCACCUAGCUAAGAGUAUACAUAUUUUGAAAUGUACAUAUGAUACUGCUAUUUGGAUAAAAAUAGACAAAAGCCUUGUUGUAUGCCCUAAGGAUGUAUUUAUAUGUUUGUUGUAUAUUCCACAUGAAAAUAAUGUUUAUUAUAAUCUGUAUGAUAAGAAUAUUUUUGAGGAGUUGGAAUAUGAUAUGUUAAAUUAUAGUGAAUUGGGUUUAAUUGGUCUAAUUGGAGAUUGGAAUAGUCGAGUGGGUACUCAGACAGAUUACAUAGAAUCUGAUAAAAUUACGAAUGUGCUACGUAGAACGCUGGAUGAUAUUUUUAGUUAUGAUUCAGAUAGA